AUGGCAGCUCAGGUGGGACCUCUGCCACAGCUAAAGCUGCCCUCGGGCCCGACGCCCGUGACCGCCGAGCAGCGCUACUGGAAGACGUUCAAGAACCAGCUGCUCAUCCCGUCGCCGACCUCGUACCCCGUCGUCCACAUCUCGUCCAACAACGACAGCUUCGCCGUCACGACGGGCACGCGCGUGCAGAUCUUUUCGAACCGGACCCGGAAGCUCGUCAAGACCAUCACGCGCUUCGGCGACGUCGCGCGCAGCGGCGAGAUCAGGAAGGAUGGCCGGGUGCUGGUGGCUGGUGACGACACGGGAAAGAUCCAGGUGUUUGACGUCAACUCGAGGGCCAUCCUCAAGACAUGGGUGACGCACAAGCAGCCCGUAUGGACGACAAAGUUUUCUCCCACGGAAUUGACCACUCUGCUAAGUGCGAGCGACGACAAGACGGUUCGGCUGUGGGAUCUGCCUAGCAACGAAUCUACCACGACCUUUGUUGGCCACUCCGACUAUGUUCGAUGUGCAAACUUUAUGCCCGGCACCAUGUCCAACAUGAUUGUGUCUGGAAGUUACGAUUCGACAGUGAAGCUCUGGGAUCCCAGGACAGGGAGCAACAGUGCUGUCAUGACUUUCAAGCAUGCGGCUCCUAUCGAGGAUGUCUUGGCUAUGCCCUCGGGAACCACCGUGUUCGCGGCGGCUGGUGAAUCCAUCAGUGUUCUCGAUCUUGUCGCCGCACGACCCCUGCAUCUGAUCACCAACCAUCAAAAGACGGUCACGUCGCUCAGCCUGGCAUCUAAUGGCCGACGACUGGUUAGCGCUGGUCUCGAAGGUCACGUCAAGGUGUUUGAAACAACUGGCUGGAAUGUCGUGUCGAGCACCAAGUAUCAGUCUCCUGUACUGUCUGUCAAGGUCAUCCCCUCGAGUGAUGAUCCCGACUCGGUCGACCGUCACCUGGCUGUGGGUAUGCAGUCUGGUGUCUUGAGCGUGCGCACUCGUCUUACAGGACUCGAGGCUCAUCGGGAGGCGGAGCGUGAGAAGGAAAUGGCCGCUCUCGUGGCGGGAACAAUUGAAGCCCACGACGCCAAGAGGAACAAGCGGAAGCGCAGAGUUGCUGCCGCUAAGCGGCUGGAUAUGGUUGGCGAGGGUGCCGAUGUUGUUAUUGCCAACGAGCCUCGCCUGUACAAGAAAAAGGAGCGUUCAUGGCAGAGCGAUCUACGACACGCCCGAUAUGCCAACGCUCUGGACCAGGUCCUCGACAAGCAUGCGCCCGACCACUCACCCCUCAACGUCUUGACCCUCCUCCUCGCCCUCCGUCACCGAAGCGCCCUGAAAGACGCCCUGGAGUCUCGAGACGAGCUCUCGGUCCAGCCCAUCCUCAAAUGGGUCUGCGGACAUAUCUGCGACCCCAGAUACGUCAGCGUAUGCGUCGAAGUCGGCCUCCACCUCCUAGACCUCUACUCAGAAUUCGUGGGCGCGUCAGCGGAACUGCACGAGGGCUUCCGGACUCUCCACAAGAGAGUCAAGGCCGAGGUGGAGAGAGCCCAAGUGGCAUGCCAGACCGGAGGCAUGCUAGAGAGCCUGAUGGUCGGAACCCUCUGA